GGAAAAGUUAGCCCCCGAAAAGGAGGGGACAAAAAAAAAAGAAAAGGGUUAAUUUGGAAAUCUUAGAAUAUCCUGAGUUGGAACGGACCCACGAGGAUCCCCCUCCUGGCCCUCCGCAGGACACCCCAAGAGUCACACCCUGUGUCUGAGAGCGUUGUCCAAACGCUUCUUGAGCUCUGUCAGACCACUGCCCUGGGGAGCCUGUUCCAGUGCCCAACCACCCGCAGGGUGAAGAACUCUGCUAAUAUCCAACCUAAACAUCCCCCGACUCAGCUUCUUGCUGUUUCCUUGGGUCCUGUCAGUGGUAACCAGAGCAAAGAGAUCAGUGCCGGCCGCUCCACUUCCCCUUGUGAGGAUGUUGAAGACCGCAGUGAGGUUUCCCCUCAGACUCUUCCGGGCUGAACACGCCAAGUGACCUCAACACCCUGCCUAGGAUUAGGUGAUGUUGCUCUCAAAGACUGCCACCUUGCAUCAGAGGCUCCUGGGAGGUUUUGCUGUUUGUAGAGUCCCAAACAGCUGGUGCCAUGCAGGGAGAGCAAGCUGAAGGGUCAAGAGGAUGUCAGGGUCACCUGGAAUGAUCUCAGCAUUUCCACACGAGCAGUAGAGAGCUGCUAUUUCUAGUGUCAGACUUGCUUUCUGGUCCAACAGACCACGCUUUGAAUUCUGCGAGAUGUGUGUGGCUGGCUGAAUUUCAGUACUGUGUUUCCUGAAUGUGCAGGCUUUGUGCAGAAAAUGGUGGACUUCACUGCUGGCAUCAGUGUAAGAAAGGAAGGUUUUCUUAGAAGCUUCCUGAUGUGUUACUCAAAGUCCCUUAAGCAUCUCUAACCAGAGGAGGAUGCUUCCUUGUCUCCAGUACUACAAAGCAGUUUCUGAUUUGAGGCAGAAGAUGGGAACUGGGAGGAAAGGCAAUUGACUGUGCUCAUGCCAACUGUUGGGAUGAUGCUGCAACACCCUGGCCUGGCCUGAUUGCUGGAAAAAUGACAGAGAAUUGAGGAAACUGAGAGAGCACCGACCUGCAUUUUGCAACAGAGCCCUUGUUACAGCAGUGCUGAAUAUUGGCAGAUACUUCAGACUCUGCAGCCAGGAGAAAACAAGCAUCCUUCCUCCCCAGAAAGUGUGGGAGUGUGCCUGUUGCAGAAGUUGCUGUCACAUCAAGGAGAAAGGUGGGAUGUUGUAGGGGUGCUGAGCCUGAAUGACCUGAGUGAAAGCAGAUACUGUCCUGCACGUGCCUGGAAGAGGUUUUGCAGGAAGGUCCUUAUGAGCACAGCUUAGUGCCAGAGCCCUUGGUCUCCCCUUUCCUUUUGUCUUGGGGCUGAUGGCUGAAAUGCCACUUGUCCAGGAAUCGGAUCAUUUCCCAGUCACUAUUCUGUUCCUGGAAAAGCUUUUUCUGCUAAUGAGGGCCUUAUGUUUAUGAUUUGCUUCGCUAUGCAGAAAAGCUUCUACUGGGACUGUAAUGCAGAAGACAACAUUUGUCUCCUUCUCCAAGAGAUGAUCUGAGUCAGUGAGUUGAUGCCAAGAGACUGGGCCUUUUAUUUGCUGUUGGGAAGGGAACUCUCCUUUUUUCUUUCUUUCUUCCCUUUCCAAAGGAAAAAGCUCUGUAGUGUUUCUCUGGUCCCACACAGAAUGACGAAGAAAUAGCUGUAUUUUACAAAUGAAGAGACAGAACACCACACUAGGAAGACUUUGUUUUUAGGUACAGCGUACAGAAUGUUGAAAUAUUUUAAAUCAGUCAGCCACAACUUGGAAAUUAUUAAUACAUUUUUCAGUCAAACCACCCAAAACAGGUGAGCUUAAAGCAAAAUGAGGUUUCUGAUCAUGUAGAUAAUAAUCUUUCCUUUUUGCAGACUCAUCUUCCAUGAGCUCCUAGUAUUGUGUGUACUUCCAGCACCAUGUAGUUGAUGCAUAAUUAACGAGGUUAGUAUAAUGCCACAUUUGUUUAUUCAUUCCUACUUCAGAUUUAUUAGAUGAAAUAUCCUUAAAGUCAGCGUUGGAAAGCAGAAAGCAUGGAGCUAGAUUUUUGAUGAAUAAUUUGUUGUGAAGCUGAUGCUUUUGCAGAUGUAGAUCAUCAGUUAAAUAAACAUGACUGCAGACAACAGAUUGGUCCUGGUGGGGAAGUCUGUGCUCCCUGAACCUUUACCAGUCCCACUUGCAGGAAGUCCCUGCAGGCGCUGUGGUUCUGCUGCCCUGUCCAUGCAAUGAGCUGCCUGUCAGCUGCACCAUGGCAGUCUGGGGUGGCAGAAAGUCCCCAGGCAUUGCUGUGCUGGGAGCAGUCAAGGCCUGCACCUUAGCUCGGGGUGUUAACUGCUCCUGGCUCAGCAGGGCUUGGAGCCAGACCUCUCUUUAAUUAUUGACAGUUCUCAGAGAAGAGGACACCUACGUGAGCUGCAGUUUGCAUGGGUUAUCAGAGCACAGCUCUCCUUGUGCUUUCCAAUUUUCAUUCAUUUUUGUUGCACAGUGCCUUAUGCACUUUGCAAGAUGUGGUAGGAAGGAUGCAGAAACACGUGUCCAUGUUUCCUGCAGUAAGUCCAUCUUUCCCACUGUAAUGGACUGAGGUCUCAAAGGGAAAGUCCAAGAGUUGAUAAUGGCAGGGAAUAACUCAGUUAACAGGACCGAGUGGGAAAACAUUGAGAAAGUUGCAAUUCCAGGCAUGGUCUGAUGCAAGAGGUUGAUGUUCUGUAGCAAUUUUUGAACAUAAUUAGCAAACAACCGUGGCCAAAUUCUUUCCUCUGAGUCUUCCUAAUUCGGAGGAAAAAAUGGAAAGAAAAAUCUUGCACAUGUAGAACUCAGAAACGUGCAUUAUUUCAAAACAGUGGGCUAAAAAUACAGUUUGAAGUGUUUAGAGCAGAGAUAACCCUUUAAAAAGUCUUUCAUAUAGAGAUCUGGCAAACUGGAGAAACAGAAGUGAAGAUCUCUGCUUGCACUGAGAGCUGAUUCCUCAAGAUGCACAGCCUGUCAGCUCCUUGUGGCCUGCUCGACAACGCAGUGCAGAAACUGGGACACAAGUUAUGUCUUCCUACUGUAUCUCGGCCUUCUCCAGGCAGGUACCCUGACCUCCAGUGUGGAGACGGUCCAGCUGGCUCAAUUCACGUAAAGCCCAGUGAGAAAGACACAAGCAGGCCCCAGAAUAACUCUGAAACAUGUUUUUGGGUGCCAUCCUACAAGGUGAAAGAAAUGGGCUGAGCUGCUUUUAGGAAGAAAAGAAGGAUGAAUCCAGCACAUCACACACCAUGGGCAAGGACUCGAACUAUGGCCCUUCAAGGAAGAAGGCCACUCGCAUCAUUAAGAGAUGUGCUCAAUUAAUCUCUCUCUGGGCUAAAGGCCCAGCCAUGGGACAAGGCAGUAUUUACAAAAAGCACAGGAGACACAUUAAAGCAGGAAAUACAACGAGACGCUCCUGUCUAGCCUGGGCUCUGCAGUGCCUGGACAAGUAGUGAACCUGGAGCAUCACCAAAGGCAGUGAAACAGAAUUGGAGGAACUGAAAGAGCCUUUCUCAGCUGGGGUGUGAGGUGUGUGGCAUGGAUAAAACGGGGCCUGGGAGACACUGUGACAGCACUUGGGACUGAAGGCAGAGGUAAGUGCACGUUCCUUAGGGAUGCCCGAGCCCUGGAAUGCACUAGACCUGCAAAUAUUGGUAUCUGCAGUUAAAAAUUAAAGCAAAGAGGUUUUAUCCUUCCUAUGUAUUCUCUGCUUGUUGCUUUGGAACAAGAGUGCACACUCUCAUAGCAUCUUUCAUAUGCUGCCACAUCUUGCUGCUCUUUGGGUUGUUAUGUGGAUUAUUUGGAUAAAAAAUCCAAAUGGGUUGGAUUUUUACUGCAGACCAUUGAAAAGGGGCCUCAAACGCUUCAGACCGUAUGUGAGUUGCUUUCCUAAAUGCAGGACUAAACAAACACGAGAUGAAAUAUCCCCAAGUAAAUGAGAUUAGUGACAUGGGAUACAGCUUUCAAAAAUAAUUACAUCUGACACCCUCAUCAGCAAGAAGAUGUAGGGGCUGCAAGCUCUAAGCUUGGGAACAGCGUAUGAAAGAUUGGCUUCUCCUGGGAAGGGAGGCACAAGGGAGGUUAUUUUUAGUACUUUGGAGGAAAAAAAAAAAAGAAUUUAAGCACUCUUUGGUUUGAUACCCUCGUUAUGGAGGAGAUCAUGGAGAAAGAAAGCAGAAGUGGGAAUGGAAAUGUUACUGAGGAUGAAAGCUGUGGAAGCAAAAGGUUGAUCCGAGCAGGGUGGGAGCGGCGGGGACAAGAUGGGACGGGGGCGUGGUGGGGGCGGCGGGAGGGGGACAGUGCAGCCCCCUCCGUCCCGUUCCCGGUUGUGCCCGUCGGUACAACAACAACCCACCGACGGCGGAGCGGGCGGUUCCGUUUUCGCGACGGUAUAUAUAGAUCAGACACUUUCCAAAAAAAGCAGCGCCGCCGAGUCGCUCUGCUCGGCGGCUCUUUCCACCCGUAAUUCAGAAAACAAAAUAUAUUUUUUUAAUAUUAUUUUUUUCUUUAAGAAAGGACAAGCUGUAUUCCGUGAAUGCGGCUGUUUUCUGACUCGACACCGGCUUGCGGUUACGGGCUGCUGAGAAAGUGAGCGGGGUCCGGCGGGGCGGCCCCGGGACCUCCUCUGCUUUUCCGAGCGUUUUUAAAAUUUUCCGGAACGGGUUCCCUAAAAAGGGCAGGGGGGCGGGGCCGGAUCCUCGCCUUUUUAGGACAAGGGCCCCGCCACCGGAAUACCCCCCUGUGCGGCGCGGCGGGCGGCGGCGGGGGCCGCGCGGGGCCGGGGCGGGUCGGGGCCGCCCCCGCAGGGCGCGGGGGGUGUGCGGGGCGGGGGGGCCGGGGCAGGCGCGGGGCGGCGGGUCCCGCACGCCCGAGCCCACGUGACCGCCGGGCCCCGUUCCUCAGUCCUUAUAUGGGCAGUGACGUCCCGGGCAUUCAGGGGCCCCCCAUAAAUAGUUACCGCCAGACUUGUGCUCCAGCGCGAGCUGCGGCGGGAGCGCGGCGCUCCCGGGGCACCGCGGCCACCGCACCGCCGCGACGGGGCGGCCGCCCGCCCGCACAUGCCGCGCCGGCUCCCCGCCGUCCCCCCGCGCCGGUAGUGGGAGGCAGGGGGAAGCGCCCCCUCCUCGCCCUCCCCUUCCCGCCCCGAGCGCCCACCGCCGGCCGGGAGCGCCGCUCCCGCGGCCGCCCCGCUGCCCCCAUGAUGACCGCCAAGGCGGUGGACAAGAUCCCGGUGACCCUCGGCGGAUUCGUGCACCAGCUCCCCGAGGGCAUUUACCCCGCGGAUGACAUUUCGGCCGCGCUGCCAACUUCAGUGGCGAUCUUCCCCAAUGCCGACCUGGCAGGGCCGUUUGACCAGAUGAGCGGUGUGGCAGGAGACGGCAUGAUCAACGUGGACAUGGGCGACAAGCGGGCCCUGGACCUGCCCUACGGCGGCGGCUUCGCGCCCAACGCCCCGGCUUCCCGCAACCAGACCUUCACCUACAUGGGCAAAUUCUCCAUCGACCCGCAGUACCCCGGCGCCGGUUGCUACCCCGAGGGUAUCAUCAACAUCGUGAGCGCGGGGAUCCUGCAGGGGGUCAGCACGCCCUCCUCCGCCACCUCCUCCGCCGCCUCCUCCGCCUCCUCCGCCGCCUCCUCGGCCACCGCCGCCUCCGCCGCCUCCCCCAACCCGCUGGCCGGGGCCCUCGGCUGCACCAUGGCACAGGGCCAGCCGGCCGACCUGGAGCAUCUCUACUCGCCGCCGCCUCCGCCCUACUCGGGCUGCGGUGACCUGUACCCGCAAGACCCCUCCUCGGCUUUCCUGCCCGCCGCCGGCGGCGGAGCGCUGCCUUUUCCCCCGCCGCCCUCCUACCCCUCCCCGAAGGCGGCGGCGGCCGACGGCGGGCUCUUCACCAUGAUCCCUGAGUACGGCGGCUUCUUCCCGCCGCCCCAGUGCCAGCGGGAGCUGCACCCUGGCCCCGACCGCAAACCCUUCCCCUGCCCCCUCGACUCGCUCCGCGUCCCGCCUCCCCUCACGCCGCUCUCCACCAUCCGCAACUUCACCAUGGGGGCGCCCCCGGCGGGCGCCGCCCCCGGCAGCGCUCCCGGCGGCGGCGGCGGGGGCGAGGGUGCGGGAGCCCGGCUGCCCGCCGGCGCCUACAGCCCGCACCACCUGCCGCUGCGGCCCAUCCUGCGGCCCCGCAAGUACCCCAACCGGCCCAGCAAGACGCCGGUCCACGAGCGGCCCUACCCCUGCCCCGCCGAGGGCUGUGACCGCCGCUUCUCCCGCUCCGACGAGCUCACCCGGCACAUCCGCAUCCACACGGGCCACAAGCCCUUCCAGUGCCGCAUCUGCAUGCGGAACUUCAGCCGCAGCGACCACCUCACCACCCACAUCCGCACGCACACCGGCGAGAAGCCCUUUGCCUGCGACUUCUGCGGCAGGAAGUUCGCCCGCUCCGACGAGAGGAAGCGGCACACCAAGAUCCACCUGCGCCAGAAGGAGCGGAAAGGAGCGGCAGGCGGCGGCGGGUGCCCGCAGUCCGGCGGCGGGAGCGGCGCGGCCCUGGCCCCCUGCGCGGCGCGGACGCGGACGCCCUGACGGCGCGGGGCGCGCAGGACCCAGCGCGGAGCCGCCGCCGAGCGCGGCGGGCGCGGAGCGGAGCGGAGCGGGGCCCGGCGGGGCGCGACGAGCACCUGGCGGCGCCGCGGGGCUCCCCCGGGCCGGGGUGGGCCAGAGCGGGCCGGGCCGGCGGGUGUACAUAGGGGCUGCGGCGGGAGGAUGGAUGCAUGCAGUGCCGUCGUGGUGAGGUGUCCUUGGUGCCUUGUGUGGUGUAGAGCCCGGUCCCCUGUCUGCAUGUGGGGGGGGUGCCUUACCUAUCCGCUCCGACGACAGCGGCGACACCGAGACCGGAAAGUUUUCCCCUCCCUGGUUUUAGUAUGGCUGUACAUUUCUGCCUAUUAAUAUUGAGAUUUUUUUUUUUAGAGACUAUAUUUUUGUACGCACUGGUUUGGGGUUUUGUUUUUGUUUUUCUUUUUGGUGACUUAAAAGUGUUCCGUUUGUAGUAGGACUUGGGACAGGAUGUAAAUACUCGGGCUGGGACCGGCGCCCGUGGUCGGCCGGGACCCAGUGCGCCGCAGGUAACACGAAUAAUGCACAACCACUAACGGGGGCUGGUAGGAGACGGGGGGGGGGCUAUCUUUCUGGCCACUCUGUAAAUAAACUUUUCGACAAUAGGGUAGGUGCUUACAACGUUUAUAAAAGACGACAAAUAAAUCUCUUAAUUAUGCUAAA